UCCCUACAACAUGAAUUUAACGUUUGAUUGGUGUGUUGUGUGUGUUCUCUACCAGGCCAGGAGAGCAGCAGCCUUCACUGACUCUGGAUUCUGGUGGAGAACACAGGAAGAGACCUUGAGUUCUUUCCCCAGCAGUUCGUGGGAAAUUGCUGCGGCAUCUUUAUGCUGAUGUAUGCUCUCUGCAUCUGCACCUCAUCUCCACCGUCGUUCACAGAGGAGGAAAUGCCAGCAAUUCGCCUGUGGUGGUGCAUUCAGCUGAUGAGAGAUUCGGCAUUGAGGGGUGUGGCAGGCUCUUUAGACAAACUGGCACCAUCAUAUUUGCAGCUUUGAUUCAGGCAAGACAUCAGGCACGGACAAAGAUUUGCCUUCUGGACAGAAGAAGCAUCCCUUCUCCUCCAGGGGACUCUCCAGCCUGUCUUCAGGGUACCAAAGGCAACCUCCUCCAAGCCUCCACCGAGUCUAAUCAGACCGGGGAGAGAGGACAACAAUCAGAUAACAAUGUUGAGACUAUUCAUCACAAUGCAGGUUUACAUACAUGGUGGUAGUCUUCAUUUCAGUCUAACGUGAUAAUCAUGUUUUCUGUUACAGGCUGAGGCUGACAGGUGUCAUACUGGAGUUACCAGAACGUGUCCUAAUGGACAUAUUGGAAGAGGUUGUUCUUCACGAAGGAGAUGCAGCGAUCUUCAAACUGGCUCUGGUGUGCUCCACGUUCAGAGACCUUGUGUCUACUGAAUGUUUCAGAAGACGAGCACACUUCUAGUGGCUUCACAGUGUUUGCACAUGGAGCAGGUUCUCAGAACAGUACAGAGAACAGUACUUUAACAUGUACUCUGCUGAGAUCUGCCUUCAAUGUGGAGACCAGUACAAACACUGCCCCGGAGGAUACGUUGGCCGAGGAAGAAGAGGAGAACUAACGGCACUUUACUCGGAGGAGAUGCUCCCAGGCUACUGCAGCCACUUUUGCAGCCAAAUGAACAAUUAAUGUGUCCGCUCUGUCGCCGCCCCCAUCUCCACACACAACCACACACACACACUCGCACGCACACACACGUCUGUCUUUCUAUCAUAGUGAGGACCCUUCAUUGCCUUCCAUUCAUUUUUGUGAUUUCACCAUGCCUAACCCAUACCCCAACCCUAACCAACGCUGAUCUAUUCCUAACCCUAACCUUAACUAAAACUUAAUUCACACCACGCCUCUAACUGGUAUAGUAAGCUUCUGGUAUGCUUCUAAAAAAAGCGAGGACCAAAAAAUGUCCUCACUUUGUAGGGAAAAUGGUCAAAAUGGUCCUCAGUAUGUAGUAUGUACAAGAACACACACACACACACACACCACCCUGGUUGUAGUGACCAGGUUCCCCAUCAGUGGUUCUCCCACAUCUUGGUUUGCGUUUUGAUGCCUGUUUUUCUUUGUGAGAGUUUUUGAUCCUUCUUCUUGGAGUUCUACAGCAAAAACUGUAAUGCUUUUGUGGCAAGGUGGAUAAACGAGGGCCCAGGCGGGAUUCGGUCCCCAGACUCCCAGGUGAGAGUCAUACGCUCUAACCAGUCAGCCAAAGGGACAUCCCCUUGGCCAAGUAGCCAGGGCGCAUGAUCAAUCGGGACACUGACAGGACACACACUGCCACUCUGUUUGAGAAGGUGAAUCUGUUGGGCUUGUACCUGGUACUCAGAGUACCACACUGCCAGAAGACAGGCUGAAAAUAAAAAGCUUUUUAUUUCCAUCAAUAUGUGUCUCCUUAUUCAAAUAAUCUGGGCUGUAACCAUCCUCUCAAUCCUUUUUCUGUUGUUCAUGCUCUUGUAAUCUGUUGUUUGUGCUCCGCAUUAUUACAGUAAACCUGUGGAAAUUAUAACGUGGUCCUGUGUUAUUUUAUAUGGAUAUAAACAUGAGUGUAGUUAAGUCUGUAUUUAACAUGUUUAACCUAUGAAUACCUUGAGAAACUAACAUUAAUUUUGCAACACUGUGAAAAUGAUCACUUUGGUCUUACAAAGAUUUAAGUUAUUUCAAGACAAAGUGGCAAACUAAGAAAUCUAACACAAACGUAGAAAGUAAACAAAUUUUAGGUGAAUUGGCUUUUGUGCUUUUGUACAUUUCAUGUUGGAAAACAUUCAUAGGACAUGUAGUGCAAAUUAAUGUCUGCUGUAUCACAGUGACACAUUUUCAUCUUUUAAAUGAAAAUAUAACCUACUGUGUGGAGAAAAACAAACAUGUAACAGGUCACCUGAAGACUGAUCAGCCAGUGUUUACUGACAGUUUACAGUGGACAUUAUCAACAGAACAGCAAGAUAAUUCAAAUCUAUCGUCUCCACACAUACAAGCAUAAACACACUAAAUCACAUUUAACACGCAUAUAAAAACACGAUUUGUAACAACGCAAAUUCAGUUUACAAUCGGGCUAAUUGGCUCAGUCAGCAAGUGGCAGCGUCCUCGUGCACUGCGGAGUAAACUGCCAUAGAACGGAUCACAAGAAGAAUAGAGCAUCUGCACAUGCGCAGUACGGAUCAGGGAGACCCGAUCUGAACGGUCCGACGUUUUCUUUUCUUUUUUCUUUUUUAUCUACAUUAUAUUGAAAUGUUUCACUAUUACAAACAUUUUAAUAGAUACUUAUUAUUUUUUAACAUCUUAACAGAUACUCUGACCCGUAACUAUCGUAAAAUGCUCCGAGCGGAAGUAGACACCUUUCGCGCAUGCGUGGUACCGAUCGGGUUUCCUCUAUGACAUCAUUGUAAGAGGAAGAAGCAAGAGUUCUAUGACACAUCAAAGCACGUUGACAGCUUCAUUGCUUCACAGCAACAGACUAGUCAGCAUAACAGAGCUCUUGACUGAACAGUUCAGUUGCGUUGAAUUCUGACUUCAGGUAUUCGUUUCUGAUCCCUGUUUAAAGAACAUUUCUACUGGGAAACGUAGUUUGUACAACUUUAUCGAGCUUUUACAGAUUAUUCUCAAAAAUGGAAAGGAUGUACUCGACAUCUUAUGUCACACAAGAGGAGCUUACUCCGUUUCAUGGAACGUCUUCAGGAAAGACAUUUUUUACUGAUGAACGUGACACGGCAGCACAAUAUCAUCGUGAUCGGGAAAUGAACCCAGUGGUUAAAAUGCGUGCUUUUUUAGCCGAAGAACUUGAGAUCUCCAGAGUUCAGCUUCGCGAUAGUUUGGAGAAAGCUGGAAAACUGAAGAGUGAAAACAACAGGCUAGAAGUACAAAAGAAUGAACUAAAACUGUGUGUGCAACAGUCCAAAGAGGAGAUGGAAAUAAUGGAAAAACGUUUUAAUGAUCUGAAGAAGACUUUAGAUGAGUUUGAUGAAUGUGUGAGCCAAGUGAAUGCUGAGAGAAACCAAAAGUUUCUGGCUGUUUAUCGAACACCAAGCACAGUUAAUGAACUGACCGAUAAAACAAACACGAUCAUGGCAAUAGCUAACACUAAACUGGACUGCAUCCUGGAAACAUUUCUGUGUAAUUUAAGGCAACAGCUAUCGGCUACGAUUCAAGUCAACGCAGGGCAAGCCUGCAGCUUCAAGGAGCCGACGCAUCAUCCUAAAUCAGAUGUGUUUCAGGUUAAUAGCGGUUGUAUAAGUGCUUUACAGAACACUGUCAAAGACACUGAAUAUAAAAUCAGCAGAUUCCACGAACAGCUGAAACUUUAUACUCAAGAAAUCGAGCAAUUGCCAAGGAGAGCUGGACACCAAGACAGGGACCCAUCUAUCCUCUUAAACCAGGUGGAAAAACUUCAGAUCGAGCUAGAAUCUGCAAAGAACAAAGCAUGGGGAGCAGAAAAUGAGCUUAAACACGCCAGAGCUUAUGCAGGUGAAAGAGAUCAGAUGGCUAAAAAGGUCGAGAUCAAAUUGAGCCAUUAUGAAAACGAAAUUUUUCAUCUACAGUCGGCUUUCAAAGACUUUAGAAAGUGGACAACUCUAACCAGAGCCAAAAACGGUGAGACCGAUGCCUUGGCCAGUGUGAUUGAUCAACUUGAGAUGAGAAUAAUGAACCUUACUGAAGUACGUGAGGAAAUGGCCACUGCCUAUCCCCCCAAACCCUACAAAACCGUCCCAGAAUUGAGUCAGUUGCAGCUUGACUUUAUCGAAUUGUCAAAAAAGUAUACUGAGGCUGAAAGAGAGAUCCAGCAACUGAAAAAUAUAAUGAGGGACAGCCCCAGCGAAGAGGAAUGCAGUUCUUACAAAGAAACCAUACAAGAGCUUCGUAACGAGGUCUCUCAGCUUAAGGACGAGCGCUCACGGUGCAAUAAAAAAAUUGCAAGCCUCCAUCGAAACAUAGAAAGGGUCGAGCGUGAGAAAAUAAGUGUAGAGAGGGAUUGUGGGGAGCUGGAAAGCAAAAAUCAAGAGCUGCUGGUUUUAGUGAACGCUUUGAACGAGAAUUGUGAAUCGCAGAAAGAGGAGUUGAAAAGCGUGCGAGGAUCUCAAACUACAGUGGAACACGAGGAGAUGAAACACAAAGCUCAAGAGCUGGAACUUUUAGUUAACUCUUUGAACGAGCAAUUUGAAAAGCUGAAAGAAUUUCACAAGAAAAGUGAAUUCAAACAGCAGCAGGAGAUCAAACAGCUGUCAGAUGAACUAGAGAAAGCACAAUCUGCUGAGAGGGUGUACCGAACCAAACUCACUCAAGCUACAGCGGAAGUGGAGGAGAUGAAAAACACAAAUCAACAUCUGAAUGUUUUAGUUAACUCUUUAAAUGACCAGUUUGAAAAGCUGAAAGAAUUUCACAAGCAAAGUGAAUUCAAACAGCAGCAGGAGAUCAAACGGCUGUCAGACGAACUAGAGAAAGCACAAUCUGCUUCGAGGGUGUACCGAACCAAACUCACUCAAGCUAUAGCAGAUUUGGAGGAGAUGAGAGAGAAACAUGAAAGAACACUGGCAGUUAAGAAGAUGUGCUUUGUAGGCACUGAUGAUGAAGUCAGUGAAGAAAUGCACUCAUCAAGCUCUGAGUUGGAACAAGAAAAUUCUGAGCAUCUACGUUUGACCGACGCUGAUGAAAAAGGUGAUCUGAGUUGGUCAGACUCCGAUUUUGAAUUCACGUCUUCUGAAGGAGAAAUGGGGAAAGAACUGCUUCCAUCGAGCUCUGACUAUGAACAGGAAGAGAGUUUUGCAGAUCAAACAUCUCCCAAGGAAACCAAAUGCCUGGAAACUCCUGGUAAACGAAGGGGUGAGGUGAAAAAGAUGGACAGAUCUCCAAAGAGUGCUAAAAAGGAGCAAGCGUUCGGGAAAAGGUCCUCCAAACAUCAACUGGUCAAAUUAGAACGUGAUGGGAGUGAAAAACCACACUCCUCAACGUCACGUCCCCAGCCCAAACCAACAGAGUCUGCUCCACAACCAGUCAGAGGGGAACCUAUAGAGCAGAGGACAGUCCCCCACAAAGCGCUCCCUUCUUUUUCUGGGAAAACCGUGCUUCCUCCACUCUCUGGGAAAACCGUGCUUCCUCCACUCUCUGGGAAAUCCCUGCUUCCAUCUCUCUCUAGGAAACCCCUGCUUCCAUCUCUCUCUAGGAAACCCCUGCUUCCAUCUAUUCCUACUAGACCCACACCUCCAUUUUAGAAAACUUUGUAUUAGACAACUAGUGUAUAAUUAUAUAAAAUUCGAAACUUUAUUCUAGACACAAGUACAUAAGAGAAGAUUGUUGCUGUAAAACAGUUUUUCUGAAGAAGAUAUGACAUUAUAGUUUGAAUGCUGUAAGCAUUAAAAAAAUUGCAGCAGAAGUAAGUAUCUUACUGCAGAGGCUGCA